UCUAUAUCAGCCCCAGCCCCUCUCGCUGUCGCUUUUUCGGCCGCUUGGAACGUUCGCUCCCGGCGCGUUCGGCGGAGAGAACCUUGAGCUCCCCAGCGUUCCAUUCCGUCCAAGGGCGCAGGCUCCGGCUAGACCAAAGGGAGGCAGGAUGAGGGAGAUCGUCCACAUCCAGGCUGGCCAGUGCGGCAACCAGAUCGGGGCCAAGUUCUGGGAGGUGAUCAGUGAUGAACACGGCAUCGACCCCACCGGCACCUACCACGGCGACAGCGACCUGCAGCUCGACCGCAUCAGCGUCUAUUACAACGAGGCCACAGGUGGUAAAUAUGUCCCUCGCGCCAUCUUGGUCGAUUUGGAACCAGGCACCAUGGACUCUGUCCGUUCCGGUCCCUUCGGCCAGAUCUUUCGACCAGACAACUUCGUCUUCGGCCAGAGCGGAGCUGGUAACAACUGGGCCAAGGGGCACUACACGGAGGGGGCCGAGCUGGUGGACUCGGUGCUGGAUGUGGUGAGGAAGGAGGCGGAGAGCUGCGACUGCCUGCAGGGCUUCCAGCUGACCCACUCGCUGGGCGGCGGCACCGGCUCGGGCAUGGGCACGCUGCUGAUCAGCAAGAUCCGGGAGGAGUACCCCGACCGCAUCAUGAACACCUUCAGCGUGGUGCCGUCGCCCAAGGUCUCGGACACGGUGGUGGAGCCCUACAACGCCACCCUGUCCGUCCACCAGCUGGUGGAGAACACGGACGAGACCUACUGCAUCGACAACGAGGCCCUGUACGACAUCUGCUUCCGCACCCUCAAGCUCACCACCCCCACCUACGGCGACCUCAACCACCUAGUCUCGGCCACCAUGAGCGGCGUCACCACCUGCCUCCGUUUCCCCGGGCAGCUCAACGCCGACCUCCGCAAACUGGCCGUCAACAUGGUGCCCUUCCCUCGCCUCCACUUUUUCAUGCCCGGCUUUGCCCCCUUGACCAGCCGCGGCAGCCAGCAGUACCGGGCCUUGACUGUGCCGGAGCUGACCCAACAGGUCUUCGACGCUAAGAACAUGAUGGCGGCCUGCGACCCCCGUCACGGGCGCUACCUGACGGUGGCGGCCGUCUUCCGCGGCCGCAUGUCCAUGAAGGAGGUGGACGAGCAGAUGCUGAACGUGCAGAACAAGAACAGCAGCUACUUCGUGGAGUGGAUCCCCAACAACGUCAAGACGGCCGUGUGCGACAUCCCGCCCCGCGGGCUCAAGAUGGCCGUCACUUUCAUCGGCAACAGCACGGCCAUCCAGGAGCUCUUCAAGCGCAUCUCGGAGCAGUUCACCGCCAUGUUCCGCCGCAAGGCUUUCCUCCACUGGUACACGGGCGAGGGCAUGGACGAGAUGGAGUUCACCGAGGCGGAGAGCAACAUGAACGACUUGGUGUCCGAGUACCAGCAGUACCAGGAUGCCACGGCCGAGGAGGAAGAGGACUUCGGGGAAGAGGCUGAAGAAGAAGCUUGAAGCUUCACCCGCCACCAUAAAUGCGCCUGCACAAAUUAAUUUUUUUUUUUAAAAAAAAAACAAACACCCACAUCGCAUCAUGUUCCAGUUUUCUUUCUUCCUUCCCUCUCAACUGUCUUCUCCAUCCAGGUUCCUCCAGGGCUGAGCUUACUCCGGUUCUGUGAUCUCCCAUGUAAACAUCAGCUUGGGCAUCGGAGCGAGAGAUGCCACUUCUGCCGUCCCUCAUCUGUCUUCUCUUCUUCCCCAGCACUAACUUAUUGUGAGGUUCUGUCUCCAAUAAGUCAGAUCCCCUUUCUCUGUAGCUGUCUGCAUCCAAUGGCAUCUCUCCUCUGCUCUCUCUCAAAGAGGGAGUUUAAAUUUUGGUGAUUCUUCUCAGCCCAUGCUCAUCUCGCUGAGGUGUUCUUCAGGGAUGGGAGAAGAUGGAGUGUGGGGAUAACAGAGGGCUCGGUUGGAUUGUUUAAGACCUGAAAUGUAACACAAGGGACGUGCAAGUUUAAAAGUCCCAAAGCAGGGUUGAUAGGUUGUCCCUUCUUUGGCCUAGCAAACUGGAGCCAGGUUGUGAGCGCGACCUCUUUGCUGACUCGGGCCUUUAUCGAAGGAGCUUCUCGCACGUAGGUGUCAUCCCGUAGGUAGCAUCAGGCAGGUGCCAAACUCUUGUAGCAAAACCAGUAGAGGUGGGAGCUGUGAAGUGGAUUAGCAGGAACAAGGUAGAUUGGUUUGUGGGAGCUCCCCCACCACUGGAGCCGCCGGUGGGGGAUGUGAGGCAGGUCCGGACCUGAGGAAGUCUAGUUGAUUGCUUCUUAGACUGGGCAGAAAGUAGGAAGAGGUGGCCCUGAACUGGCCUUGCAAUACCGGCAGCUGGGGAGGAAGGUAAGCAGCAGAGCAGGCCUAGCAGAAACAUCUGGCCCUACUUAGGGGAAGGAGAUUCAAUUUUGCUUUUGCCAUUAGCAAGUCCCUUCCUCCUCAGGGAGAAUGAGCCUGUGGCUGGAUGCAGUGGGGCUUGGGGGAGGAGCGUCUAGUGGAGGGGAGAAGGGAUAGAACCCAGGAGUCUUGCCCCCCCCUUGCUGUGGGAGGGGGACUCCAGGACCCCAGGGUUGGAUUUAUGGCUCUGCUACUUUGGUGAGAGAUGUUCCGUCAAGGAACUCCUCCCCCUCCUGGCUGGAGGUGAGCAUGUUUGCAAAGCUGUAGGAGAUGCAAGUUCUGGAGCUGCCUGGUCUGCCCACACCCUCAAAGGGUGCGUCCCUGGCUUCCCUAGUCAAUGUGCUUUGUGUUGGGGGGUCAGCCCCCAGCUUUCCCAGGCGGGGGCAUCCCCCCCUUUCAUUUCCAUUCCUGCCCCUAUGCUGAGAAUUUGGCCCACAGAUUUUUUUUGGGGGGGGGGGGGAAUGGCAGGAGGUUCUCUUCCUUGUAUCAAUUUGGCCCCAGAUCAGGGGACCCCCCCACAUACCUUCUGUCCCCCCCAGUGCCCUAGAUAAGUCAGCUGAGCCAGGGAUGAAAGGGCACGAGGCCACAGAGCGAUGGCUCAGGGAGCUGGUCUCUGCCAUCUCAGCAGCUUUGGGGAAAGGGUCAGUGCAGGCCCCACGGCAGAAAGGAAAGUCUCAGGCUGGGGGAUGGUCCUGCUGGAGGCAAAGGGGGAGAGGUCCUGACAGCUCCGGUGAGCAGGGAGGGGGUGAGAGGUGGGGGGGGUGUAAACCGGUGCGAGGGGAGAGGCUGUGAAGGUAGAUUGUCCCCCUGCCCGUGUUCUCUGGGGCUCCGUUGGACCCCAAGGUCCUGGCACCAGGAAUCAGCUCCCACCAGCUGAAGCCCGUGAGAGGAGACAACUCAGCCCUGGAGGAAUUAAAGGGGAAGGGAGUUGGGGGGCGGGGGGAACUGAUGUGGGCUCCAGCUGAUAGGUGACAAUGCAGCUGGAGGUCCCACCCAUGGGGCCCCCCUCCCCCCAGGCUAGCUCGGGCCUGGCUCCAGCUCAGCUCUGUCCUCUCCGGCUCUGUCUCAUCUGCUCAGCGUGUUUCGUUUUGUCCCCCCCCCCCUCGCUUGCUCCAUCUUUCUCUAGUUUUUUUAACUGCUUUUUUCAUAUUGAAAAGACGACGUUCUGUGCAAGAAUAAACCAAUUUUUUUUAAAUUUU